AGAUGAAAUACGCGAAGUACUCAGAUGUAUCCGGUCUUCUCAUAGUGGAUGAUGCUCGAUGAUUUUGUGGACCUAAUAGACCAAAGUGGUCGUUAAAAAUGCUUCUCAUCAUGGAAUAGAGCUAAUUUAGCAUUGUAAAUGGUUAUCGAUACCUUAGAUUAGAAAAGGAAGGACGCGUAAAUUAUUGGCACCGUGCGUAAAAGGGUGGAAUGUGUUUGGAUAAUAUAUACACAGCAACAAACCGGACAAAUUCAUUUCCUGAUACCUUAUUUGUAAAGGCAGUGUUGAACUUGCACUUCUGCAAAUACACCGGAGGUAAGGUACGGUGUUAAAGUGCCGCUGCCCUGUUUCAGCACCGGAUGGCUCACGGACUCAGUGCGCGGACAGGCUUUUGGAUCGCGGAAACAAGAGUUGCGUUUACUCGCUCUCAUUCGGUCUAAGCAGGGCUAAAGUGUGAAGAGUGACACACAUACACAUUGUUGUAGAGUUGUAGGGAAAAGACAGUGAAGUUAUUCAUAAAGCGUAUCGUCCCCGCCCACAGACCUAAACGGGCUAUAGCCUACAGUAUGAUAAAGUUGUCCUGAUAUGACUCCCAACUGCGAAGAUGACAGAUUUUGCUCACCAAUCACGAUUUCAAGGUAACGUUUUGACAGCGGACGUUAACACUUACGUGCUCUCCAGUGAAGUUGGACUUCUUUUAAGCAGAGUCGAAAAUGGGACAAAGCAACCACCUGUUCUCUGUGAGGACGGCUAUUCUCUGCUCGCUACUCUUGUGUCAGUCAGUUCUUUGUCAUGAAAAGACCCACUCGCACGCUGAGGACGAGCUCUUCAAGACGCUGUUCGCUGGUUACAACAAGUGGUCGAGACCCGUGCCCAACAUCUCUGACGUGGUCAUUGUCAAGUUCGGACUGUCCAUAGCGCAGCUUAUUGAUGUGGAUGAGAAGAACCAAAUGAUGACAACCAAUGUGUGGCUUAAACAGGAGUGGAAUGACUACAAACUUCGCUGGAAACCAUCUGACUACGAUAACGUAACGUCCAUAAGAGUGCCGUCAGAGCUCAUAUGGGUACCAGACAUCGUCCUCUACAACAACGCUGACGGUGAGUUUGCUGUGACCCAUAUGACGAAAGCUCACCUAUUCCACAAUGGGAAGGUCCGCUGGGUCCCUCCUGCCAUUUACAAGAGCUCCUGCAGCAUCGAUGUCACCUUCUUCCCCUUUGAUCAACAGAACUGUAAAAUGAAAUUUGGCUCCUGGACGUACGACAAGGCCAAGAUCGACCUGGAGCGAACUGAAAACGUGGACCUAAACAACUACUGGGAGAGCGGCGAGUGGGCCAUCAUAAACGCGGUGGGGACAUACAAUACAAAGAAAUAUGACUGCUGCCAUGAGAUCUACCCAGACAUCACCUAUUUUUUCAUCAUUCGAAGGCUUCCCUUGUUUUACACCAUCAACCUCAUAAUCCCCUGUUUGUUGAUCUCUUGCCUCACUGUUCUGGUUUUCUAUCUACCCUCAGACUGUGGCGAGAAGAUCACCUUGUGCAUCUCUGUGCUGCUGUCCCUCACUGUUUUCCUUCUCCUCAUCACUGAGAUCAUACCGUCCACAUCCCUCGUCAUCCCACUCAUCGGCGAGUACCUCCUCUUCACCAUGAUUUUCGUCACCCUCUCCAUCGUCAUCACUGUCUUUGUGCUGAACGUGCACCAUCGCUCUCCAAGCACUCACAAGAUGCCCCGCUGGGUCCACUCCGUGUUCAUGGACCUGAUCCCACGCUGGCUGUUCAUGCGACGGCCUGCGCCAGAUGGCCGGCGUCACAGGCUCUUGCUGCUGCAACAGGAAGCAGCCGUGGAGCGGCAGCAUGGCCGGAUUGCCGGGUACAAAUCUGGCAAGUGCCUCAGCACCUCGGUGAACUGGUUAAGAGAUGGGACCACGACAGAAGAUCCUCUGAGAAGCUCCUUUGAGGAUUUAGAGCUGGGAACACUGACGUCGUACUUCUCCUUCCGCCCUCCUUCGCCCAGACCGCCCGGGUCGACUCCCCCAUCACAACAGAAAAACCCACAGAACAGCCAGAACCGACAGGAGGGGGCCGCAGUGACCAACAGACAUUUAACAGGGGCCCGAGUCAAUCCCACUCAGAGGCCAACUAAAAUUGAUAAACCAGUAUCAGACUCAGCUAUUCUGCUGUCGCCAAAUGUUUUACGUGCUCUGGAAGGGGUGCACUACAUUGCAGACCAUCUGAGGGCAGAGGAUGCAGAUUUCAGCGUGAAAGAGGAUUGGAAGUAUGUUGCCAUGGUGAUUGACCGCAUCUUCCUGUGGAUGUUCAUUAUUGUGUGCCUGCUUGGGACCAUUGGCCUCUUCCUUCCCCCUUGGCUAGCUGGCAUGAUCUAGCUCUUGUGAGAAGGUGUGAAAAAUCCAUAACCACCACUAGUUAGUGAAGUCUGACAUUCAACAUUUAGCUAAACUCUACUUCAGGACUUGGAAUAUGACAUGUUUGUGUAAUGUUGGCCUCAUGAGGCUAUGUUACUCUUUGCACACCACCAAAAAGUUAAUUUUAGAGCUAAUUUUUUAUCCUAAUUAAGUAGUGUGGCUAUUUUGGCUAUCUCAGUCCAAGCUCGUCACUUGGCUAAAUUUUCAUCUGUCUAAGCGGCACUUUGUCAGCCUCAGGUGAACUUCCCCUGCCUGUAAUGUGUCAGGUUUGACCUGAAUGCUAACAUUAGCAUGUUAACCAAGAGUUGGAAAUUGUUACCUGCUAAUGCUUAGCACAGUGUAAGAUUAGGCACGUUGGCAUUCUAAUGUUAGUAUGUUAACGUGCCAAUGUUUAGUAUAUUGUGUCUUUAGCAUGUUAGUUAUCGUAACACGUUAGUUAAUUAGCAUGGCACCAGCAUCAGUGUUGGGAAUGGUGUUGCAGUAAUGUUAUCACUUCUGUUGUUUGAGGAAAUACAAUUUUAUAUUCAGUAACCUAAUUACAUUUACUAGUAAGGCUGGGAUCAGUUACGCCAUUGGUCUAGCUGUUAAUGGCCAGUAGCUAAAUGGCUGCAAUGGCUCGAUUGGCUGCUUCACAAAGUGUGCGAGUGUGGCAGCUUUAGAGUCUAGGUACAAGAAAUGUAACUAACUUACUGAUAGUGUUUGGUUACCAGUAAAGUAAUGUGAUUUUUUUUUUCCAAUUACCAAUAA